AUGACUGAAAUUCCACAAUAUUGUUAUUCAGACGGGGGGAAAACAUUAAACUCCGUCUGCAUUCAAAAUAAUAAUUUGAUUAUCUCAGCUGAAUGCGAAGUCUUUGGUGGCGUUGAUGAAAUUAAUUAUUGUUUCAAGUCGGUUAAAAACAUUCUUGAGACAUUUUCAUUCAAGCAAAAUCCGAAUCUAAGACGAAUUAACGACUACGCAUUUUUCAGCUGUUCAAAACUGCGCAGUGUUGAUCUUUCUGCAUGUAUUUAUCUUGAAUUUAUUGGUCAAUAUGCAUUUUCUAAGUGCUCAUUAGUAUCCAGCUUUCUUCUGCCAGAAGGAUUGAAAACCAUCUCCAAGUAUGCUCUUUCAUAUUUAUCUAUUACAAGCAUAAAUAUACCAUCAACUGUAUCAACUAUUGAUGAUUUUGCAAUUUCAUAUUGUUAUUCUCUUAGCUCUGUGACAUUUUCUGAAGGUUCACAACUUCGAAUGCUAGGAGCAAAUGCAUUUAGUUAUGCUGCUAUUGUUAGCUUUACUGUACCAGAAAACCUCGCAGAGUUUCAUGGUCUUGUGUUUAGUAACGUCUUAACCAUGAAAACAAUACGUGCUCAUAGCAAAAAUCGAUAUUUAUUUGAUGAUACAAAAGCUAUUUAUAAUGCUGCAAGAACUCACAUCAUAUAUUGUGCUUCUAAUAUUGGAGAAACAUAUGAAAUAGAUCCAAAUGUUUAUUAUAUUAAUAGGGGAUGCUUUGCAAGUUCUCGUCUUUCAUCUAUAAUAAUUCCAGAUUCUGUAAAUAUAACAGGAACAUAUGUUUUUUAUGGAACUACAAAUCUCAAACAAAUAACACUUCCAAAAUCAUUGAAGAAGAUUGAAAACAAUUGUUUUGAAGGAUCUGGCUUGACAUCGAUUGUUAUUCCUGAUGGUGUUGAAGAAAUUGGCAACAAUGCUUUCUCUAAUUGUAAAUAUCUUACUAGUAUCACAUUGCCAAAAACAUUGAAAUCUUUAGGAGGAAAUGCAUUACCUUCCAACCCAGGUAUUAUUAUUUCAUCAAUCAGCAAUGAAUACAUUUAUUUUGACAAUUAUUAUGUUAUUUAUAUUGAUCAUAAUCAAUCUAUUUCACAAUAUUUAGGGACAAGUUCAGAAAUUGUUCUUUUAAGUUCAGUGAAAACCAUUAAAUCAAAUGCUUUUCAAAACAAACAAAAUUUAGUUGCAGUCAGAUUUGAAGGCGAAUCUAACUUAGAAACUAUCGAAAUUCGUGCAUUUUCAGGAUGUUCAAAACUAAAUACAUUCACAUUUGGCUCGAAGAUAAAGUAUAUUGGAGAAUUAGCAUUUGAUAACACUCAACUCACAGGUGAUUUCAAAUUUCAACAAAAUUUGGAAACAAUUGAAAAGAAAGCGUUCAAUGAAAAUACAAAAAUAACAUCAUUGUCAUUCUCAUCAACAAUCCCAUUGACGAUUUCAGAGAGUGCAUUCUUCAAUUGCAACUCAAUAACAUUGAUAACAUUCAAAACGACAAAUCAAAUUUCACUUGGAGUUACUUGUUUCAGCGGUUUAUCAUCACUUACAUAUAUCUCUAUUCCAGAAAGUGUCAUUUCUGUUGGCUCAGGUUGCUUCAUGAACAGUGGCAUUGAACAAGUCUCAUUUAUUGGUGAUUCUAUCAAUUUUGGAUCAAUCUCAGCAUCUAUGUUUAAAGGAUGCACACAUUUAUCUGUUUUCAAUGUUCCAAGCAAUUGUAUCAACAUUGGUCCAGAAUCCUUAAGCUACACAACCAUUACAUCUAUUACUAUUCCAGACAGUGUUCAAAUCCUCGAUGACCAAUGCUUUAAAGCGUGUCGUCAUCUAGAAUCCAUUCAGAUUAGCAGCAACAGCAAUCUAUCUCGAAUUGGUUUUGGCGUUUUUGAUGGAUGUUCACAGUUUUCCAUUGUCAAUCAAUUCCAAUCCAAGAAUUUUGUUAGUGAAAGCAGCGCAAUUUAUAGUAGUGACAGACGCCGAAUGCAUGUAUAUCCACCUGCUUCAACAAGAAUUUAUUUUUCUCUUCUCGAAGGCGUCCAACAUAUUGAAGAUAGUGCAUUCAUUGGAUGCUCACAUCUUGAGUCUAUCUUACUCCCUGAGAACAGCCUGAUCAGCAUUGGUAUUAGUUCAUUCCAAGGUUGCACACAUCUCAAACAUAUCACUAUUCCAUCUAGUAUCCAGAGUGUAGGUUCUAACGCAUUUCUUGACUGUCCUCUUCUCAAAUGCGGUGUUCUUGUUCAAAAUAUCAACAACAAGACAUUCAUUCAUCUUCUUAAAUCAUCUGGCCUUCAAAUGGAAUCAUUAUCAUUUUGUUCUGGAUUCUCGUGUAAAAACGAUUUCCACAACACAGGAUUUAUUUCAUUUUCACAUAUUGCUGUAUUUAUAUUAGUUUAA